UGACCUUAGCGCGCGCGAGCGAAUCCAUAUAUCGGAAAAGACGGGCGGACGAAAUCCGCGCGCAUCCCUUUGGAAAAUCGGCGAUCAUCGCGCGGCGCGGCUCGAAAGUGGUCGGCAGCGCGUCGCGGCGCUCGUUCCGCACGAUAUCGCCGCGAGAAACGGCGCCGAUCCGCCGGGAUGCGGCCGCCUCGCGUGCCGAGGUGACGCCAAGUGGGUGUAUACGCGGCGGCCAUCAUGGCAGUAUGCGUCAAGCUUGGCAAGCGGGUCCGUAGUGAGUGCUGUGCGUGCCGUGUCGCUCUGGAUUUUUCGCGAUUUUUUACUGGAUAACUCGCCGAGAUGUGCAGGUUGAGCAUGAAGUUUUAGAACUUUUGUUGAAAAUAUAAUGUCCCUCGAGGGAUGCAUAGAGUGGCCAUUCUGCACCCAAGCCAGCUGACUGACAAGCUCAGGUUGUCUCCUCCUGCAAUCUUCUGUUUGUUGUAGCACAGUAGAGGCUAACACAGCGUCGAAAUGCAACAAGUCGAAACGCCGACUCAAAACAGUACGAACGGUGGCAAGAUGGGUGACGCCGCGCUGAAGGAAAAAGAAGCGCCGCCGCGCAUUGACGAGCCGGUAGAGCCGGUGAACGGCGUCGUGCAGCCGAAGGUGGUGCCGCCGGUGGCGCGCCCCGGCCGCGUCACCAAUCAGCUACAGUUUCUGCAGAAGACGGUGCUGAAAGCGGUGUGGAAGCACCACUUUGCGUGGCCGUUUCACAUGCCCGUCGACGCGAAGAAGCUCAACCUGCCUGACUACCACAAGAUUAUCAAACAGCCGAUGGAUCUCGGUACGAUUAAGAAGCGCCUCGAGAAUAACUACUAUUGGUCAGGUCGUGAGUGUAUCCAAGACUUUAACACCAUGUUCACCAACUGCUACGUGUAUAAUAAGCCCGGCGAGGAUGUGGUGGUGAUGGCGCAGACGCUCGAGAAGGUGUUUCUCACCAAGGUGGCCGAGAUGCCCAAGGAGGAGUUCCCGGUGGAUCCGCCGACGAAAGGCGGCAAACCUGGUAAGAAGCGGUCGAUGUCUAGUGUGCCCGGCACUCCUUUGGGUGCCGGUGGUGGCGGCGGCGGUGGAGGAGUUGGUGGUCUGCAAGCGAAUGUGGUUGGACGAGGUCGGCCUGCGACGGUGUCUUCCACGGUCACGACGCCGGUGAACGCCGGGCUUCCGCUUGGCACGCAAGCACCGAUUACAGUUCCGGGCAGUACGGCGACGACGACCAUUGCGCCCGUACAACCGCCGCCAGUACAGCAACAGCAACAACAACAGCAAGCACCCGCGCAAAUUCAAGUGCCCCCACAGCUGCCGACGAUGCCACAGCAGAUGGCGCCGAGUGGGUACCAUCUGGGGCAGCCGAUGGCGGCGGCCGCAGCAGCACUGGAACAGGCCGGAAUGGCGGUGGCAGGCGCGAUGGGUGGCGCAGUACUACCGCCGGCUCCGCCUGCGAAAGUAAAAAAGGGCGUGAAAAGAAAGGCGGACACGACGACACCGGGCGCCUCUGUUUUCGACUACAAUGCUUCACUCGAAAGCAAGUCGGCGAAGAUCUCCACGCGACGCGAGUCCGGCAGGCAGAUUAAGAAACCACUGCGGCCUGAAUUGGACGGUCUGGUGCCGUAUGCGCAGCCGAAUAUCUCGCCGAUGAUUAUGCCCGGCGCGAUGCAGCACUCAGCGGCGCAUAAAAACAAGGAUAAACUCACGGAGGCGCUGAAGAGCUGCAAUGAGAUACUCAAGGAGCUGUUUUCGAAAAAGCACUCGAGUUAUGCGUGGCCAUUCUACAAACCUGUCGAUGCUGAACUGCUGGGUCUGCAUGACUACCACGACAUUAUCAAGAAGCCAAUGGAUUUGGGCACCGUUAAGCAGAAGAUGGACGCGCGGGAGUACCGCACCACGCAGGAGUUUGCCGGCGACGUGCGGCUGAUAUUCACAAAUUGCUACAAGUACAACCCGUCGGACCACGAUGUGGUGGCGAUGGCACGCAAACUGCAGGAUGUCUUCGAGAUGAAGUACGCCAAGAUCCCCGACGAGCCGAUGAAUCGUGUCGGUGCUAUGCCCCGUUCAGAUUCAAGUUCAUCCGGCAGCAGUUCGGAGUCUUCAAGUGAAACCGACGAUUCCGAAGAGGAGCGCCGCAAUAAGCAGCUGAAGAUGCUCGAAAAGGAGCUGAUUGCCAUGCAGGAGAAGAUGCGCAAGCUGGUCGAGGAGUCUGGCAAGAAAAAGAAGGAGAAGAAGCCGAAGGCGACCAAGGACAAGGCCGGUAAGAAGAUGGUCGCGAAUAGCAAUGCGGCAGGUGGCGGCGGUGGCGGAGGCGCUGUUCUAGGCGCCGGCAGCGGAGCACCAGGCGCGGGCGUAGGAGGCGGAGGAGCGGGUUUGGGUAAGCCGGGUGCGCACGGGGCGCAUCAUGCCAAGUCUGCAUCCCACCACCAUCACCAUCACUCGCUGCAUUUCGCCGACAGCGUUGACGACAGCAUCGCCAGCGUGGUGUCCGGUGCGGAUCUCAAGCUGCUGGGCCACCACGUCGACAAGUACCACCACACGAUGGCGGCUGCCGGCAACGCUGCAGCAGCUGCAGCGGCUAAAACACCCAAGAGUAAAGGCGUGCGGGGACCAAAGCCGGGAGGCGCGCAAGCCGGUGCGCCGAAUUCGGUGGCGAAGCGGCCGAAGGCGAACAACAAAACGGGCGGCGCCGGUCGCAAAAAGUCGGCGGCCGUUGUGCCUGCCAUGCCGUUUGACUCGGAGGAUGAAGAUAAUGCGCGACCAAUGUCCUACGAUGAGAAGCGACAGCUUUCACUGGACAUUAACAAACUACCCGGCGAUAAAUUGGGCCGUGUGGUGCAUAUAAUUCAAUCACGUGAGCCAAGCUUGCGCGAUUCCAACCCCGACGAGAUCGAGAUCGACUUUGAGACGCUGAAGCCAUCGACGCUGCGCGAGCUGGAGUCAUAUGUCGCCUCGUGCCUGCGCAAAAAGCCACGUAAGCCCUACUACAAAAAGAUGCCCGGCAAGUCGAAAGACGAACAGAUCGCCGAGAAGAAACAGGAAUUGGAGAAAAGACUGUCCGACGUCAACGACAAAAUCGGCAAUACCACUAAAAAAGGUCCCAAGAAAGAUGAGAAAGUUGAUCCGACGGGAGCUGGCGGCGGUCCAAGUGGCCGCCUCUCGUCCAGUUCGAGCAGUUCCGAUUCGGACAGCAGCAGUUCAAGCCUGUCGAGCAGUUCGAGCGAUUCCAGCGACAGUGAAGCAGGUGGCACAGGAGGCGGGGCUGGCCGACCACCAAAGAAAAAGAACAAAAAGUCACCGAAUCCGUCGCACCCGCCAACCGCGCACGCCCACCAACAUCCGCCAGUCACACAAGCGCAACAGCAGCAACCACCACCCACACAUGCACCUCCACCACAACAACAACCACAGCAGCAGCAGCAGCAACAACAACAACAGAAUAAUGCGAAACACAAUGCGCAACAACAACAACAACAGCUCACACAAAUGGAACAGCACCACCAACACCUGCGGCAGAUGGUCAAUGCCCAUGAGCAGCAGGCGGCUGCCAAUGCAGCCGCUGCCGCCAUGUUGGGUAAUCAUAUUGUUAACAACAAUAAGGCGCGCGUGGUGCCGCACGGCGGCAAGGGCGGAUUGAUGUCUUCGAGCGCGGCACUUGCGCCACAACAUCAGCUUACCAAGCAGCCGAUUGGCGCUCCUCUACCUACGCCAUCGCCUGAUAAACCGAAGCCAAAUCAAUUGGCGGCAUCGGUCGUGUCGCCACUAAACGCGCAGGCUCAUUUCACAGAUCCGCUGGAGCAGUCGCUCGCCAGUCUCGAGCACGACAUCAAGGUGGAGCCGUUGGAGGCCAUGGGCGGGUCGCAGCAGAUGCAGAUGCAACAGAUGCUCGGGCUUAGUCCGGCUAUGCUUGUUGCGCAGGCAGCGCACAUGCAACAGUCGGAUAUGAAGCCCGGAUUGGCUGGGUUGGUUGGUAUGAUGGCGGGUAUGCAUGAUCAUCAUCAGCCGCAUGAUCUACCUGCCCUCCUGCAACAACAACAGCAGCAGCAACAACACGCUCCGCCUACUAGUGUGCCGCAAACCCAACACAACACACAAACUGCGCAACACUCCAAUAAUAAUGGUUUUGGUGUGGGUACACCAGCAAUUAAACAUGAGUAUAAUCUAUCUGGAGGUGUGGCUAAUAAUGGUCUGCCUAUGGGUGGAGUCGCCGGUAUGCAAAUGCAAAUGGCGUCGAUGUUUGACCCCAUGCCCACGUCGCAUGCGCAACAACUGCCCAAACAACAACAACAUCAGCCGCAUCAGCAAUUGAUGAACAACGUGAAAAAGGAGCCGUCGUAUAUGUCACAAGAAGAACACUUACACGAAGCUAUGCUGAAUAGUAUAGAGAAGAAGGAACAUUUACAGCAUGUCGGUGGUGGAGAGAAACAUUAUCCGCCUACGACGACAUCCUCAGGGGGACCUCCGCCCGGUUACAAACCAAAACCGGAUGUUAAAAAUGCCUGGUCCAGUUUAGCACAGGCCAAUUCUCCACAGAAUAGCGUUUCAGGUGGUAGCAGUCGACAGCAGGCGUUGGACUCCUUCCGGCAGUUCCAGAAGCAGGCAAAGGAGAAGGCCGAUCGCGAAAAGGCCCGACUGGAGAGUCUGGAGAUGAAGCGCCUGCAAAAGGAACAAGCGGAGAAGGAACGAAUGCGUGCGGAGAGCGAACGUCGACGUGAGAAGGAGGAGGAGGAUGUGUUGGACAAAACCAGGAAACCUGUACCGGAAGCAUUGCCGCAGGCCCCAAUCACGACGCCUCGCGUUGAUGAACUUCGGACAUCACCAGGAGAAGGUAGUAUAUCCCCAGGUAGUCAGAGUUCCGGAUCGGAUCGAACAGAUCGGGAACGUCAAAGGAUGAAGGAGCAAGAACGGCGGCGGCGUGAAGCUAUGGCGAAUCAAAUCGAUAUGAACAUGCAGAGUGACCUUAUGGCUGCCUUCGAGGGCUCCUUUUAAUCAUGCAAAAAUAUGAAGAGGAGUGCUUUUCGAAUGUACAUAGUUCAAUUAAUUGUGUGGUAAUAAUUCCAUUGAAAACACUAAGUGCUGUGCGGAUGCAAAACAGACGAAAACUGACCAAAGUAAGAUUCACUAAGUUGUUUAUAAUGAUAUAGCGAUACCUAGCAAAUUACUACUUGAUUCGUUUGUUGUUGUGCGCUGCGCGAACGUCACGGCAAGAGUUGUAAGCGAAGACUAGUGUUUUCACAUUUUGUCCAUACUAGUUGUUAAUAUAUAUAAUUUAAAAUAUGUAAACAUUUAUGGGAAACGUGUCGUCAACAUGCAGCUGAUACGAGUUACGCUAGUGUAAUUAUUCUUGUGUUGUGUUAGAUUAUCACACACACACACUUACAUAUAUAUACAUAUAAAUAUAUACACAUAUACACACUGAGACGAUUAUUGUACAUAGUUAGCGAAGAUGGACGGAAAACAACUGUUUAUAUACAUACCUAAUGAUAGUACGUUGGAUAACUAUUACUUGAUAUCUAUUAUAAUUAUAUUAGUUAGUGUAAACGAACACACACACACACAUAAAAUACACACAGUUGCAUGCAAGUGUACACUACGAAGAUAGAUUAUAUUGUAAUUGUAAUUUUGUGCGACAAGACACGCAUCGGCUCUUAUGAUUACGAUGACUAAAUUAAUAAUUAAUUAUACCUAUGUAAUAUACUAUAUAUAUAUAUAUUAAUAUAUAUACGCAUAUAUAUAUUAUAUAUAUAUUGAUAAUUAUUUAAGACGCGAGGGUGGUGCGUGUGGAGUAAUAGUGUUAAGUUGUGAGUCAAACAAACACGAAACGAAUGUAUAGAAGUAACAAACCCACAAACAAUUCUAGAAACCAAGAUGAUGCGAUGCGAUGAUUAUAAACGGAAACAAAACGCAAUGUCCAUAUAUAUCUGUAUGUGUGUGAAAUGUUGGUUUUGUUUCGAUAUUUUUUUACAUUACGAUUGUUCUUACGAUGUAUUUUCUUGUUCUCUUCUUCUCUUUCAAUAUUUUUUUUAUCUCUUACAUUAUAAUGCGAUGACGAUUUUGUUUUAAUUUCUCUCUUUGAGUAGAUUGAUUGAUAGCUGUGUACAUAGUAAAACGAAUUUUUUAAAAGCGAUAACAAUGAUAAAAAUAAAUAAGCGUGAAUUAGCAAGGAUGUGUGGAAUGAUGGACGAGUUGAGAUUCAGGCGUGGCGACACGAUAAGAAUUUAUGAUGAUUUGUAAAACACUUUAAUUUAUGAUAACUGAUAAAUUGUUAAUUAAUGCUAAUUAUGUAAAAUUAAAAACUGUUUGAUUUCUUUGAUGAACAUACGGCGGGGAGCGAGAGUGGCGAGAUGAAAUGACGGAUUAUGACUAUGAUGGAAAUAGAAAUAGAAUGAAAAAUA